AUGGCCGAAGUGUAUGACCCUGGAAACGAGGUGCCCGUGAGUUCCAAUAAAAUCCGCCUGGAACGAGUUGCCGGAAUCAGAAACACAUCUCAGUCCGAGCUCGUCUUGGCAGCUACACAAAGAACUUCCGAGGAAAAAUUCGAGGAAAAACUCCGGUUGACGAAUGGCCCAAAUAUUCCAAAUCCUGAUAUCUGUAUCUCAGACAAUCCUGGUGACAAAAACCCCACUUCCAUGCGAGGUCAUGACCCCUCGGCUUCUUCCCAAAAUGAUGAUGAUAUCGAUGAUGAUGAAGAUGAUGAGGGAGAUGAUAAAGGAGAUGUGGGAGAUGAUGAUGAUGGUGAGGGAAAUGAGGGAGGAGACGAUGAUGAUAAUGAUGAUGAUGAAGGGGGAUGA